AAAGUCAAACAACAAUAUUUUGCAAAAGUGCGAUUAGCAAGUAAAGUGCAAGUGCGAACAAUGACAACGUCCUCAAUUAAACGACGCCGUUCCCCCCACGCUGCUCCCGCAUCGAAUGAUGGGGAAAGCCUGGAGAAUGACAGCGACAACAACAGCAGCAGAACCGACAGCAGCAACAGCAGGGCAUUGCCCAACAAUCGUAUCAGCAUCAGCAACAACAUGUCCAAGCGCGAUUCCGAGGAGGACAGCUGGGCAUCCAAGGGCUAUAGCUAUAUCAAUCCGUUUGUGCAUCGCAUACAAAUCGACGAUCAUAUUGAAGUAGCCAAGAUCUAUGUGCUGACCGUGCUGUUGCUGCCCAUACGCGUGGUGGGAUGCGUCCUGUCGCUGCUAUCGGCAUGGAUGUUCGCCUGCAUCGGCCUCUAUGGCAUGUCCAUGGAGGAGUUGCAGGCCAAGCCGCUCAGCGGCUGGCGCAAGCUAAUGCAGUAUUGGACGGCACGUGCCAUGCGCAUGGUAUACACGUCCGGAUCGUUCCACUACAUCAAGAUGAAGGGCACACCGGCCACCUCGAAGGAGGCGCCCAUAUUGGUCGUGGCGCCGCAUUCGUCGUAUGUGGAUUCCAUUGUGGUGGUCUCUGGCCAUCCGCCGUCGAUUGUGGCCAAGCGUGAGACAGCGGACAUUCCGCUGCUGGGUCGCAUCAUCAACUACGCCCAGCCCAUUUAUGUGCAGCGCGAGGAUCCCAACUCCAGGCAGAACACCAUUAAGAAUAUUGUGGAUCGUGCCCGCUCGCCCGAGGACUGGCCGCAGGUGGUCAUCUUUGCCGAGGGCACGUGCACCAAUCGCACGGCGCUAAUCAAAUUCAAGCCCGGCGCCUUCUACCCGGGCGUGCCCGUGCAGCCAGUGCUGCUCCGAUACCCCAACAAGUUCGACACCUUCACCUGGACCUGGGAUGGUCCCGGCGUAUUGCGCUUGCUAUGGCUGACCAUGACACAGUUCUAUAACCGUUGCGAAAUCGAAUACCUGCCCGUAUACACACCGUCGCCCGCCGAAAUGGCCGAUGCCAAUCUCUAUGCCAACAACGUACGCCAAGUGAUGGCCGCCGCAUUGGAUGUGCCCACGUCGGACUAUUCGUUCGAGGAUGUGAUCGUGAUGAGUCGGGCGCGUGAAAUGAAAAUACCAUUUCCCGGCGACAUUGUUGAGAUCGAGCAUACGCUCGAUGCCCUAGACCUCCUCGACUCGAAGCGCGACAUGGAACUGUGCGAAAAGUAUCUGACGCUGGCCAACCCAGAGAACCUGGACAUAAUCACAUUCGCCGAGCUGCUCCAAGUGGACCUCAAGAACCCCGAUUUGCACAAGCUCUUUGCUCUGCUCAAUCAUCGGCACAAGGGCACAGUGAGUCUGAAGAGUUUCCUGGUCUGUUCGCUGUUUUGCAAAUUGAAAAAUGACGAAAUCAUAGAGUUUCUGCGAGCACUAAUCAAGCUGUAUAGUGAGUCGAGUGAAAAGAUUAGCAGGGAGAAUUUCACGCGUUUGAUGAAGCAUGGCGGCAGCAAGAUGACCGAGCAGAAGACACAGACGCUUUUCUAUGCCCUGGACCCCGACAACAUUGGCUACGUAUCCUUCGAUAAGUUUGUACAGUAUACGGAGCAACAGCCCAGCUAUAAGUUUCUCUAUCAUAAGUCGGAGCACAUAAGGCGGACGAAGAGUAGCAAGGCCACGCCCACAACCAACUGAACAAUCCAAAAGAAUGCAUUUGGAGGCUGCAAUAAAACUCAAGCUGGUUUUACAGAUAUUCGGAGAUGUGCUAUAGGCAAGCGGCAACCGGCAACAUGCAACACGACACAGAGCGGAGGAGAAAUAGAGAUGAGAGCGAGGUAGAGAGAGACAGAGAUAGAGAUAGAUAGUGGGAGAUAGAGAGGGUGAGAGGGUGGAAGGGAAGGCGAACGACAGAGAAAGUGUAGCAUAAGCAAAAAGUUCAAUUGUAAUCUAAAUGUGUAUGUGUAUACAGAUAUAUACAUAUGUAUAUCUAUAUAUGUUUGUAUUAAUUAAUUUAUUUAUUGUGUACGUGUUUGUUGCCUACUGUAAUUAGAUUUGUAUAGCUUGAGAAAAUGAGAGGGCUGUGUAGACAGGUCCAGAGAGAAAGAGAGAGAGAGAGCGAGAGCGAGGGAGAGUUUUGCUGGCAUAGCAUAAAUCUAGGUAUAUAUGUAUAUGUGAUCUAUGGACCUGUCUGCCGCUUCAACCAAUUACCUUUAUGUGUACUUUUACUUUUAACGCAAGUCAUUUCAUUAUUGUGAUUCUAAUUAUAUAUAUAUAUACAUAUAUUUUGCGAAUUAUACACUGUAUAUGUAUGCAUGCGGACUUUUCACUCAUAUUCCAUGCGGACAGACUUUUGUUUUUGUUUUUGCUUACCUCUCU